AUGGAUACAUCAUUAUUUCUAUCAGUAUGCAAUAAUAAAAUAUUUAAUAGAUUUAUAUUCAAUAGUAUUAAAUGUAUUAGAGAUGAGAAUUUUAUUUUAUCAGAACUCCUAUAUGAUGGAAAAUGUAUAGUAUAUAGAUGGAAUGAGAUGAUUGAAUCACCACAAGUAAUGGCAGGAAAUGGCUAUAUUGGAUUGUUAAAGCAGUGGUCAAGUUCAAAUUCAAUCAAGAAUAUGAAGCCCUACGAUAUAUUCGUGACAUUGGUGAAUGCAAUCAGAGCAAAUUCAAUAGAGAUCCUACGCUAUUUGAUUGAAGAUCAAAAUAUAGAUAGCGGUAUUAUAGUUGGCAAUCUAUCUGGUACCAAAUAUAAUGACCUACUCUACUAUGCCGUUUGGUUCGGUAGAUUUGAUAUAAUCAAAUAUUUAGAGAGCUACUGUCAAGCACAUCGAUUGAAACUCAAAUAUAGAAACUGCAUCAGCAAAGCACCGUUCUCACAAGACAUCGAGAUUUUGAAAUAA